UCCAACACGCCCAUGACUAAAUCCUGGACCACUCACCGCCCGGUUGUUAGCGUUCUCGUUUAAUGUCAGCGAAGCCAGGCCAUGCAUAACUCUCUAUGCAAGAAGGCUGUCUUUUGCAAAACGAGAUUUCUCACAAAAACGUUCGGCGAACAUUCAUCAGGAUGGAGAUCGAAAAUGCGACAUCGACGGCUACGGCGGUUGAAGACGUCGUAUUCUCGACUUACGGCGAGCGUCAACUUAUUGCAGCAUUUUACGGCGUGGUGGCCGUAGUGGGUACGGUGGGCAACUGCCUGGUUCUCCUGGCGGUGCUGCUGUCUCGCAAGCUCCGCACUGUGCCCAAUGUUUUUGUGGUCAACCUCAGUAUAGCGGACCUGAUCUCGAGUCUGUCCGUGCCCUGGCAGGCGGUGGCUGUGUUGAGCGUGGACAAGUGGCCUCUGCCGGACUGGGUGUGUACCAUGGGUGCUUUGGGCGUCCUCAUACCCAUCGGCUGCAGCUUGGACACGCUGGCCCUGAUCGCCGUCAAUCGUGUGGUGCUCAUCACACGCACCAAAGCCACCUACCAGAGACUCUACCGGCGGCGCUGGAUCGCAGUCAUGGUCAUCGCCGCCUGGGCGUUACCCCUGACCAUCGCCAGCCUCCCGCUGGUGUCUCACAUCGUCGAGUUCGGCUUCGAUUCGGUCUUCGGCACGUGUGGUUGGGACAGCUGGAACCCCAACUCUCCGAUCUACGCGCUGAUAUUGGCAGUCGCUAGCUACCCUGUCCAGCUCUGCACCAUCAUCGCAUGCUACCUGGCGAUUCUGGUCCAUCUCUGCAAGCACCACAAGGCGCUGACCAUGAGAGUCCAUGAUGAACAGGCAUCGGUUCAAGACACCACCAGCGUCUUCACCGUUGGCAGUGCGGCAGCCCCAGUGCCUCUGGCUCCGAGGCCGGCCCAGCGGAAUCACCGAAGGCGUCAGAUUGCCGUUACCAAAAACCUCUUCUUCGUUGUCUGUGCUUUCUUCCUCUGCACCACGCCCUACGCCAUCUGCAUCAUGCUGCAAGGCACUCAAAAACUUCUGCCGUAUGUGACUGUUCUGCUUUUUGCAAAUUCUUGCCUGAAUCCUUUCAUUUACGCUACAAAACAUCCAGACUUUAAGAAAGCAUUUGGCUGCAUGCUCCGCUUCAGAUUCCGCUCAAUACCAUGAACACGAACGUAAACUUGAUACGAUGAGGCCUAAAUUGUUGGUCGUUUGAGGCUGCAGAAACUUUAUAUCGGCCGAGAUAUCAUUCUGAAAGAAGAACAUCAUAUGGCAUGCCCAACAAUCUUGUGAAAGUAUUCCGAGGUGUAUCUGAUAGGGCAGACACCUAGAUAUGCCUUGUAUUUUAAAUCGCACAUAGGCCUAAUCAGUCAACAAUUUAAUUUCAGAAGAAUUGUUGAUGAUGUUUGUACAGUGGUAUACAAGCUCAGACUGUCACUCUUUGCACUUAAAUUGAACUGUAAAAAUGCACUAGCGUCAUCGUAAUUGGCUAAUAAGUGGGAUGAUUGCAUUUUUAGCGCAAUUUCAAUGGCAUUAAAUAUCCACUGUGUACUCAUUCGUUUUCCUUGUUGAACUGUUUAUCAUGGAUGAAACCCCGUUAAUUCAAUUAAUAAAAAAAAUAUUCCAUAAUCUAUAAUUAUUGAAAUCCAAUUAAGCUGCGUUUAGUAAGAUGCCUUCUCUCUAAGGCAUUUUCAAAAGCACGGUUUCUGAUAAUGUCAGUUCUGAAUGGGCAUUCAUUUACGGAUGGCGGAAUUUGAAUCAUCAGAUCCCAAAUGGUCCCGGAUGACAAAACAUUCAGUCAC